AUGUUGGCCUACCAUGAUUUUAUCAAACCCUUUCGCCCUCAUUUAUAUAAAGCGGAAUGUAUUGCGGAGAAAACUCUUGGAGGUCGUGCUUGGAAUUUGAAUGGUUUGAAAAGCGAUUCAAAUGGUUCUAUAAAGAGCUUCCCUAUAGUUGAAAUCUAUAAACAAGCCGCCGAUAUCAUUCGUGCAUGUGGAAAGGAUCCGGGAAUUGCGACCGUAGAUGAUAUGAACGCUUUUGAUCCAUGGCUUCGCUGUGAUGGAUGCCUUGUCUCGCAAGGCAAGAAGCUGGUAAUGCCGUGGCGUACAGCUAUAUAUCACGCCAUCCAGUUUCAUCUCGUCGACCCACAUUUCACAUUACUUUCGUAUGAGGAUAAUUGCAGGAUCCGCAGGACGAAGGCAGUUUUCAACGAAGAUCACAUUAAUCACAUAUGCAAGCUAUGCCGUAGGUCUGUUGGUGACGCCAUGCAAAAAUCUGAGCUGGUAACUCACCUCCAGGUAGAGCAUCAAAUCCCAGAAGCCAAAAUGAAGAGAGAGCUGCACUAUAUACCUGAUCCGAAUUCAGCGCCAACCAUUAUCUCGCCUGUUUGGUUGAAGCCUGGGACUGUGAGGGCACCUGCUAAUGGCCUUCCAGGCCGCCUGCCUUUUCCAAACUAUACUUCAAUGUUUCCCACGCCUGGUGGUCCUGUUGUUCCUGCUAAUCACUUCAUGCCACAAACCUCGUCAUCCCAGUCCUAUUUCCUUGGUCCCACACCUGGCAUUUCUGAUUUGUGGAUGCAUCAAAUUCCAAAGCUUCUUCCCACGGCACCUUCGACCAAUCCAAUGCCUUUGACAGUGUGCUGGGAUAUGAUCUAUCCUACGACAAACGCUUCAUUGCCUUCAAGCUCCUACAAUGAUGCUAAUAUUGGGCCUACUGAUUUCACUGCUCAGGCUCCUGACUCGGAUCAACAUCAGUCCGAAGGUGGCCAAGCAUAAAUCCUGAAACAAGGCUGAUGCGCAACAUCUGUCUUAAAACUUCUCUACGUAUCUUACCAAGAAACGAUAACAGUUACUGUAAAACUGGUGUUUGCUGCAGUGUCGUCGAAUAUGAGAUCGUUUAGUGCUUGUGACAUAAUUAUAAAGAGAAUC